AUGCUGGACGCUGUCGCGUACUUGCACAAACACCACAUAGGCCACCGAGAUGUCUCUCUCGAGAACGCCGUCCUGACAAAGGCAGGAGUGCUGCAGAUAAUCGACUUUGGUGUGUCAGUGCGCAGCCACUCUUUCUCUGGCGUGCCGUUUCGCUACUUCCGCCGAGUGGGCAAGGAGUGCUACAGGGCUCCAGAGUGUUACGUCCCAGACGUGGAAGAGGUGGUCAACGUUCUGUGUCCAGCCAAGGCUCUACCAGGCGACGUGGGCAUGGUCAGGCUCCCUGGCGACUUAAUGGUGGAGGUUCGGCUCCCGGAUACGGUCGACGGUUUGGUGGUUGAGCAUCCGCUGGCAACGUGGCGCAUGUGCGCCGAUGACCUCAGCAUCAGGCAGAGAGGUGCGCAGCAGUGGGUGGCCGAUGUUUUCCCGCUGGCGAUCGACGACAGCUUUGCGAGUUUUGCUGAGCUGGGCCUGGAGUUCUCCGUGGGUGCAAAGGGCAAGGGCGCGGCAAAGAGCGGUAAGCGCUUCGCCAAGAUGCGGAGGCGGACGGCCAGGGGCAACAUGAACGUCCUGAUCGGCAAUGCACAGGGCCAGAGGCGAGCGGCGGCGAUCAUGUACAUCAAUGACCUGGAUUACGUGGACCGAGUGGAGGUGCUGAACCCAUGCAGGUACGAGCGUGGCGCGGUGCAGCAGGUGCUGCGACGGCUGCUCGGUGACAGGCUGCGACGGGUUCCUGACGAUGGAGAAAGGCAGCUGGAAGCGGGCAUCGGGUACCACAACAUCGGCAGCCUCGGCGAGUUGCUGGAUCUUUUCGUGCAGGCGGGACGGCACUUGGCCAUCUCGGAGGAGCGCGUCAGCGGACGACGGCGGGACCUCAGCGAGCGUGACGACCUGCAGGAGCAACUCCAGAGGGCGUGGAAGCAGCAGCAAAUCGCAGCGGGCAUGCAGCCGCAGUGGGGGCGUGUCAAAGGCCCCGCAGGUGCUGUCGUCAUGUCCAUGCGCAGAGCUGGCUGGACGUGGCCGAAGUGGCACGUUUUCCUGAUGCGCAAUGGGGAACAGCUCAACCGAAUGGAGACCUGCCCCAACGACGUCGGGAUGUUAUUGCAGCAAGAUCUGGAGGCGCAGCUGUGGGCGCAGUGGACAGCAGAGCCUGGGCACGAGAGUUUGGCGCCAGCACCUUUCUUGCAGCCCGCAAGGGCGGUGUUGGGGGUCAGGAACUUCCCGAAGCAUGCGGUUAACGCAGCGAGGGAGGUGCUCAUAAGCGGCUCCUGGACCAUGGGUAAGCUUUGCAAGCGCAACAUCGCGCCGACGGGCAUCUGCUUGGCGUGUGGCGAGGGCGCGGGCACGCCGCGCCGCAGGUAUUUCGUCUGCCCGGAGCUUCGCGCCGUGCGGAACAAGGGGCAGGCGGACUGGCAGCGCGCGGUGGAGCAGCAGGUCCACAGCUUGUUGUGGGCGAGGGGGCUGGUGAGAGAUCCGUCGGUGGACUGGCAGUUUCGCACCGUUACGGAGGAGCAGUACCACUUCGUGGUGAACGAGGGCCCCGAGGCUCACCUCACGGGUGACAUCGUUUGCGACGGGUCGAAGAUGGGCGGCAGCAAGUGGGCGCAGGCUGGGUGGGCAGCUAUGGCGAUCAACGGUGAAGGUGCGCCAACUAUCCAGCUCUGGGGCCCGCUGCCGUGCCAGUGCAGUGUGCAGACGACGGUGAAGCGUGCGGAGAUGUGGGCCUUCCUCAAGGUGUUGGAGGUGGUGAUGCCACCAUGCAGGAUCUACACCGAUCACCAGGGGAUCGUCGACGGUCUGGCUCGAGGUGCUAAUUGGUGCCUCUCCUGGAAGCGGCCGCGUGCGGACUUGUGGCGGAGGAUCUGGCACAUGGUGGCCGACAUUGGUUUGGGCCGCGGCUGCGUGGGGCACGUCGAGGCGCGUCGUUCCAAGGCCGCGAUCAACAGGCUCGAGGAGGGCCAGCAGGCCAUCGCCAGGGGUAACGCGGCCGUUGACCUCUUGGCGAAGUGCGGAGCCGAGGACGAUUGCGGUUGCGGCAGGCAGGAGGUGCUUGAUAGGCUCGGGGAGAAGGCCAAGUGGGCCAUCCAGAGCGUCGGGUGGUGGCACCAGCAGCUGAACGGAGAGAGCGAGGUGCAGCUGAUGAAGCAGAGCCUGGUGAGCCAGCUGUACUGGAACCAGUACAGCGAGGGCGGGGUGGUGGACUACGGCGAGGCGGAGAAGGAGGCGCUGCUGACCGCGCCCUGCGCGCUGGGCGAGGCCCGGCGGCGCCGCGGUGGCGCCGCCGCCAUCUUCGACCGGCUGCCCUGCUGCGCGGAGGGUGCGAAGCUCCAGGAGCGCCUGCAGCUCGUCGAGCAGCGCGUCGACCGCGCGGGGGCUGAACUGACCAGGGCGGCCCGCGCCGGCGAGUUCGAGGUCCGGCAGCUGCGGGCUGAGGUGCUGCACCUGCAGCGCCGCCUGGCGGCGGAGGGUCUCGGCGGAGGGCCCGCCAGGGCCGGGGGCCAGGGCUCCCAGCGGGCCGGCGGCGGCGCCGAGUUCCGCGACCUCGUGGCGCAGGUGGCCGCGCAGCGCGCCGAGAUCGACGAGGCGCGGCGGCGCGCCGCGCAGGCCUCGCAGCGGGGCGCGGGCCUGCGCGCGAGGCUCGAGGAGAGGCGCAGGUCCCACGCGCAGGAGGUCGAGGAGCUGACGAGGGUCUUCAAG